GUCGUCUCGGCCACCUCCCAGUCGGGUUGCGGCCGAGGCCGGUCCUGGCUUUGUAGCUCGCUCAAGAUGGCGGCGCAGCCACCCAGCGGGAUCCGCCUCAGCGCGCUUUGCCCGAAGUUUUUACAUACAAAUUCUACUAGUCACACUUGGCCAUUCAGUGCAGUUGCUGAACUAAUAGAUAAUGCUUACGAUCCUGAUGUGAAUGCUAAACAGAUAUGGAUUGACAAAACAGUGAUAAAUGACCAUAUAUGCUUGACAUUCACUGAUAAUGGGAAUGGUAUGACUUCAGAUAAGUUACAUAAAAUGCUAAGCUUUGGCUUCAGUGACAAAGUCACCAUGAAUGGUCAUGUCCCAGUUGGAUUGUAUGGGAAUGGCUUUAAGUCAGGUUCUAUGCGUUUGGGUAAAGAUGCAAUCGUGUUUACCAAAAAUGGAGAAAGCAUGAGUGUGGGCUUCUUAUCUCAGACCUACUUGGAAGUCAUAAAAGCAGAACAUGUUGUUGUCCCAAUAGUGGCGUUCAACAAACACCGACAGAUGAUAAAUUUAUCAGAAUCAAAAGCAAGCCUUGCAGCAAUUCUGGAACAUUCUCUGUUUUCUACGGAACAGAAGUUACUGGCAGAACUUGAUGCUAUCAUGGGUAAGAAGGGGACGAGGAUCAUCAUUUGGAACCUUAGAAGCUACAAAAAUGCAACAGAGUUUGAUUUUGAUAAGGAUAAAUAUGACAUCAGAAUUCCUGAAGAUUUAGAUGAGACAACAGGGAAGAAAGGGUACAAGAAGCAAGAGAGAAUGGACCAAAUUGCUCCUGAGAGUGACUAUUCCCUGAGGGCUUACUGUAGUAUUUUAUACCUAAAGCCAAGAAUGCAGAUCAUCUUACGUGGACAGAAAGUGAAGACACAGCUGGUUUCAAAGAGUCUUGCCUACAUCGAACGUGAUGUUUAUCGACCCAAAUUUUUAACUAAAACGGUGAGAAUUACUUUUGGAUUCAACUGCAGAAAUAAAGACCAUUAUGGGAUAAUGAUGUAUCACAGAAAUAGACUCAUCAAAGCUUAUGAAAAAGUUGGAUGUCAGUUAAGGGCAAACAAUAUGGGUGUUGGAGUAGUGGGAAUUAUAGAGUGUAAUUUCCUAAAGCCAACUCAUAAUAAACAAGAUUUUGACUAUACUAACGAGUACAGGCUGACAAUAGCAGCGUUAGGAGAAAAGCUGAAUGAUUACUGGAAUGAAAUGAAAGUGAAGAAAAAUGCAGAAUAUCCUCUAAAUUUGCCAGUUGAAGAUAUUCAGAAACGUCCUGAUCAGACAUGGGUUCAAUGUGAUUCCUGUCUAAAGUGGCGAAAAUUACCAGAUGGGAUAGAUCAACUUCCAGAAAAAUGGUAUUGCUCCAAUAACCCUGACCCACAGUUCAGAAAUUGUGAUGUUCCAGAAGAACCUGAAGAUGAGGAUUUGGUGCAUCCUACUUACGAAAAAACCUACAAAAAGAAAGACAAGGAAAAAUUCAGGAUCAGACAACCGGAAAUGAUCCCUCGGGUAAUUAAUGAAACCUUGCAUUUUAUAGCUGUGUAUUAUAUUGGUUCCAGCCUGAAACGGAGACUUUCUACUCGUUCGUCCAUUUUGAAUGCAAAGACUCGGAGAUUGAGUAAUCAAGCAUUUGAAAAUUCAGCUUAUAAAGAUGAUGAUGAUGAAGAUGUCAUCAUCUUAGAAGAAAACAGUACUCCCAAACCUGCAGUAGAUCAUGACAUUGAAGUGAAAUCAGAACAGAGUCACAUCGAGCAAAGUGGUCAUCAGGUCGAGCCUGUGGCUGAUAAGGGACCUUGUGCCCCGGCUGGUUCAUCAGGCAUCUCAUCAUCCAGGUGUGAUCAGGGAACCGCUGCGGCUACCCAGACUGAAGCCCCGAGUGUAGUUGUUAAAAAGGAAGAGGCACUUGAAGAUGAGAUAGAUGCACGAAAUGAUGCAGCUGUGCUGCCAGCCUGUGUGGAAGCUGAAGGGAAGGCACAGGAAACCCAGGACACCUUUGAUAAAUCUGCGGGUGAUGCUAGUUGCCAGCUAAAUGAACUGAAAAAUGAGCUGCUUCUAGUUACCCAAGAAAAAGAAAAUUAUAAAAGACAGUGUAAUGUGUUUACUGACCAAAUCAAAGUGUUACAGCAGAGGAUACUGGAAAUGAACAACAAAUACGUAAAGAAGGAAACUUGCCAUCAGUCUACCGAAACUGACGCUGUAUGUUUACUUGAAAGUAUUAAUGGCAAAUCUGAAAGUCCAGACCACGUGGUAUCUCAGUAUCGGCAAGCUUUGGAGGAAAUAGAAAGGCUGAAGAAACAGUGUAGUGCUCUGCAGCAUGUGAAGGCCGAAUGCAGUCAGUGUGCCAGUAGUGAGAGCAAAAGUGAAGUGGACGAAAUGGUUGUGCAGCUUGACGAUGUGUUUAGACAGUUGGACAAGUGCACUGUGGAGAGGGACCAGUAUAAAAGUGAGGUUGAAUUAUUGGAAAUGGAAAAAUCACAAAUCCGUUCACAAUGUGAAGAACUGAAAACUGAAAUUGAACAAUUAAAAUCUACAAAUCAACAGUUAGAAGCAGAUGUUUCAACUUCAAGUAACAUUGAGGAGUCUGUAAAUUAUACUGAUGGGGAAAGCCUCAAACUUCGAUCUCUUCGAGUUAACGUAGGACAGCUGUUGGCCAUGAUCGUACCUGAUCUCGAUCUUCAGCAAGUGAAUUAUGACGUUGAUGUGGUUGAUGAAAUUUUAGGACAAGUUGUCGAACAAAUGAGUGAAAUCAGUAGUACUUAAAGUCUGUUUUAUGUGAGAUAAUAAAAAUACUUGCUCAGUCCUGUGGUUUUAUAGCUUUCAGAAUGGAAACACUUUUGUUUUAUAGAUAUGACAAGUGACAGACUGAAGAACCAUGAUCUUUACUGUAUUCUAUGCAUUCAAGUGUGGUCACAAGUACUAUGGGCACACUUAAUCACACCUUUUGAAAUGCCUGAGAAUCAUUCUUACUGAACGGCUGAACAGCUAACUCAUGAUUCUGCUUUGAAGUGUAAAUACUUGUAAUUAAGUCUGCACAUAUUUUUUUAUUACUCUAGAGGACUUAAGUGUUUUUCACCAAGAGCUUUUCAGGUUGCCCCUAACCUUUGUGCAAUUUUUUCUGGUUCCCAAAGUGUAUUUUUCUCUGAAGUGAGGGCUGUGCCAUAAUACAGAUGGAAAUGUUACCUUUGAUUUUCUUACAGAAAAGUUUUUAAAAAAUGGAAUUAUGCUCCUGAUAAGUUGUAAGUGAAUUGAAUCUUAAUGUUUCUUUUCUAUAAAUUCUUAUCUCCUGAAAUAUUUUAUUCAUGGAAACAAGGUAAGCAGAAACUCUCCAUCCAUUUUAUCAGGAUUUUCCUUGUGCUGAGAUUGCCAAUCAUGGUUAAACGCAGUGUUUUUAUAGAACAAAGAAAUGAUCUUUAGUAUAAAAAAGCAUCAGAAAUAUUAAAUGUCCCACCACGUUUACUUUGAAGCCCAUUUUUGGCUGCUGCUUCAGCAUGGAGUGGGCACAAUAAUUGUUUAAUAUUUCUUUUUGUGAAAUUUCCUGUACAGCCUUUUGUAGGAUUACUACAGGUUAAUGAGAGUUGAGGAAGACAAUCUUUCUCAAACAGUACAGCAUACUUUUCAUUAUAUUACAGAGCUAAGUGUUUUAUGUCCUGGAGGUAAGCAGCAAACUGCCCUAGGAUUAUAGUAUUACAUGUCAUAAAAAUUAUGCUUUAUUGGUCCCUUGUUUGUGCAAUUUUAAAGAGAUGGCUUUCUAUUAAGUAUAACUAUGUAUAUAUAAUUAAGAAUCGUAUUUUCCACAACUGAAAUGUGCAUUAUUUUUUUUUCAAAGUUUUAUCAUUGCUAUUUAUUUUUACUUUUGUUUCUGAACAUUCAAUACAUGUUUCUCUUGUAUGUAUGCUUAAUUACAUGUCUUUCAUAUACAAUAUUAAAUUUUUACUGUACAUUAACUUCUAGAAAAAGCAAAUAAAUGAAGGUUGUUUUUAUUUGCUUGAUAAAGUAAUUGAAAGUGUAUUUUUGGUAUGAAGCUGGUUUUCUGUCCUAAUUGUAUCUGCCCAAAUUUUAAAAUAUCUUGUAAUAAAAUAAAAAUAUAUAUGAUGGCUAACUCUUCAGAUACUACUUUUAAAGAAUUCUAUAUUCAAAUUAUAUUUUGGAAACUGAAACUGUCCAUUGAGGAACCCUCAGGUUGAGCUCAUUUUAAAAUCUAUAUUAAUUACAAGUUCUAUUUAGGAGACCAAGACUGUUUCCAUUAAGACUCUAAAAACUGAGCUCAUCUUGAGAGUGUGUGUGUGCGUGCGUGUGUACAUGUAUUUUACAUUCAAGAAGAGACUCUGUAAAUCAUUUAGCCUAAAGAAACCUUGCUUAAAUGAUAGCAGCAAUGUAUAGCAUGUCUAAGUUUGUGAAUAUUUAUGUAGCAGUUCUUUCUGGAAUUUGCUAUUUUUCCCUUCCUUUGGGUCAGCUAUAUUCUUGCAAAAAUAUAUAUUUUAUAUGGCUGUUAUCUUGCUUUUAAUGGGAAAGUUAGUCAUAGGAUUAGUAAAUUUGCUUGCUAAAUUGAUUCUUUGGAAGUACUUACAUAUUUUUCACCCUUUAAGAAAAUAUUGCCAAGAUACGAUUCUUUGAAAAUGUAGCUAACAAAAUUUAACAGAACAACAACAUGGACUUUCAUGUAUAUAUCAUAUUUAGGUAGAGAUAUCUAUCUUUUGUUGUUAAGUUAAAUUUGUAAAAGGCUAGUGGGAACACAGUGAUGUUUAAACUAAUUAUUACUUCAAAAACAGUAUGAGGAAGUAAACCAGCAUAGUCCACAAUCCCUGCAAACAGGACCCACUGUAAUUAGCUAAGCAUUCACGCAGCAGGAGUGGUGUGGGGCAUAUUGUUGUGUCUUUUAUUUGGGCCUCGAAUUCUUAAUGUAGGCAGGUACUGCUGGGGACUCUGCCAAUGGCCUCAGAUACUUAAUUCUUGCGAUCAACAGCCCAUUAGUUCAUUAUUUAUCAUUGGAGAAUAAUUAAAGUGAUACAUCUGGUGGUUUUCACCCCUGGCUGUCUAUUAGAAUCACCUGGGGAGUUUUUAGGACUCCCCAUGCAAGGAUGCACCCCGUACUCAUUAAGUCAGAGUCUGGGUUUGGGCCCAGAUACCGGUAUUUUUUUAAGGCCUCCCAGUGUGCCAUCAGAGCUGAGAACCAUUGAUCUUUACCUUCCUGUGAUGAGUGUUUACAAAUGUUGAACUCAGUUGGCUCCUGAAACAAACACAGGAUUUGCAUGGCUGCUUUCUCACUGGGGUGAGCAAGGAGGGGAAAAGGGAAGCAUAGUUGGUGCCUAAGUUAGAAAUGUAAAUGGGACAGAAUGGUAUAAAGUGAAAAGACUUACCCACUGCUUCCCUAAAGUUAACCACUAUUGCUUUUUGUAUGUCCUUCCAGAAAAUAUUAGCUGCAUACAUAUACACAUUCAUAUAUAUGCAUUCAGUUUAUAUUCAAUUUUAUAUCUUUAUAUUUGAUUAUAUAUUUGUAUCAAGUUUUCACAAAGGUGGUACACCAUAUAAUUGGUUAUCUUGACAUUUCCAUGUUACUUUUUUGAACAGGUUUGGUAACAGUCUAUGAUCUGCAUAUUCUCCUAGUGCUCAUUUAUUUCUCAUGUUUUGACAUUACAAAAUAUGCUACUGUGAAAAUUAACACACACCACACACACUUUUACAAGUAUACCCAGAGUGUAAAUUCUUUGCAGUGAAUAUUGAUAGGUUAAAGAGUGUGUGCUAUGUAACUUUUAAUAAAUGUUACCAUGCCAAAAUGAAUUUAAA